UAAAUUUUAUUUAGCUGGAUUUUUCUAGUUGAGUUAAGCAACUUUUCUUUUCAAGUGUUUUUUUUUUUUAUUCUGAGAAAAAAACAAAAGCAAACUCGUCAUUUUCAGGCUGAAUUUGAAGCAAAAGGGUUAAACUCCACAUUUAGAGUCUCUGUGUAAAUGGACACCACUCACACACGCACACCUGACCCCGCCCCUCCGGACCAGCCCCACUGCAGCAACGAGCGCACAGUCCGGGAAGUUCCCUCAGUUUGUUCGAGAGCCGAGCAGGACGGGACCGGGUCCGGAACCAGCUCUACCCGGGUCACUCCGAACAAAGACUAAGAGACAGGAGGAAGUCAUCGGCUCUUCUUCUAUUUUCAUCGGAUCCGGACGCGCUGCUGGUUUUACGCGUCUCCGGGUCGGUUCUCCUGGACCCACAAGGAUCUGAGGAAACUUGGAAUCACUGCGUUAGUCUUUGCGCGUGCAGACGUUUUCUCUGGACACGCGCACAGACUGACUGACGGGUCAUGUGUCGGACUGUGUAGAGUCCAGCUCUCAUCAUGGACCCUCCUGUGCUGCUGCUGGUGGUGAUGAUGAUGAUGAUGAAGACUUCUGGCAGCAGCAGAGUGACGGAGACGUUCGGUGGAACGAGGAACAAACGCUACGCCAUCAACCCUGUGGGACACAAGUGGAGUCACCACAACAUCACAUACAGGAUCACAAAGUUUCCCAACACUCUGAAUGUUGAGGACACCAGGAAAGCCAUCAGCAUCGCCUUCACCAAGUGGAGCGACGUGUCCCCGCUGAGCUUCACCGAGGUUACCGACGGCAACGCCACCGCUGACAUCACCAUCGGUUUCUACACCUUUAACCACACUGACUGCUGGUGGUCUCCUCUCCACCCGUGUUUCGACGGUCUGAACGGCGAGCUGGCUCACGCCUUCCUGCCGCCACGAGGAGAAAUCCACUUCGACAACCAUGAGUUCUGGAUCCUCGGCAAGUCCAGGUUCAGCUGGAAACAAGGUGUGUGGUUGAACGACCUGGUCCAGGUGGCGGCUCAUGAGAUCGGUCACGCUCUCGGCCUGUGGCACUCCAGAGAUCCUCAGGCUCUGAUGCAUCCCAACGCCACCUACACCGGCCAGAGGAACAUCGCCCAGGACGACGUCUGGGGCAUCCAGAGACUCUACGGUUGUCUGGAUAAGAAGCGAGUCUGUGAUCCGUGGGCUCGACUCGGCUUCUGCGAGCGGAGGAAGACCUUCAUGAAGAAGAACUGUCCUCGACGCUGUGACCUCUGCUACGAGCCCCUGGAAGCUGUUACCACGCCGACGCCGCCUCCCGCCAACGUCAAGAUCAAGAUGGUUCCCCGGGGGAAGGUGGUGGGUUUCCGCUGCGGAACCAAAAACCCCCGCUCACCGCCCAAAGUCAGCUGGUAUAAAGACGGUGAGCAGAUCCUGACCUCCAUCCCCGGCUACAUCAUCAUGAAAGACCGAGACCUCCGCAUUGUCGCCAAUGAGUUCAACGAGGGCGUUUACACCUGCCGCAUCCAUCGACGGGGAGACAUUGUGUCCGCCAACUCCUGGGCCAUCCGACUGAAACCCGAACAGCCGUCCAACAGCUGAGGACAUCGACAGGGACGGAGGGAUGGAGGACAAAAGAGUAUAUGAAGGGAAGUCCUGGUUUUCACAUUUGUUGAACGACAGAACAACACUAAGACUGGAUCUGUGGAGGUGGAGAAGAUCAGAAGAUCAAUGUUUAUUGGCCGUAAUUUCAAAGGAGGCAGUUCUGAACACGUUUGGACCUUUUUACAGGUAUUUCUGAUGGUUUGUUCUCUACAUGUACACAAGGUGUUUUGUGAUUCCGAGCUGGACGCGAUCAAACGUUCGCUGUAAUAAGUUGGGUGAAAAAGACGUUGAAAGGUUUUAAUCAAAAGCUCUGGGACCAGAUGGUGAACCUGUGGCAGCUCUGUAGUAACAGCAGGACCUCUUGUCCUUGUAAUCCUCCAGGCAUGAACUCAUGUACCCCUAAUCCUGCAGGACGUCAUUUACCUGAAAAAUCUUGGCAUGAUGUCCUCGUAAUCUUCCUGUAGGAUGACAUGUACCUAUAAUCGAGUGGGACGUCAUGUCCUGGUAGGAUGUCAUGCCAUGACUCUGAAAUCCUUAUAGCAUGACGUUAUGUCCCUGUAAUCAUCUCAACAUGACAUCAUAUACCUGUAAAACCCUGGUAGGAUGUCAUGUCCUCAUUACCUUCCUGUGGGACGGGAUGUAGCCUACCUGUAAUCCUGUAGAACGUCAGAUACCUUAUACCCUCGCAGCAUGAUGUCGUGUACCAGUAAUGUCCCUGUAGGAUAUAAUGUCACUCCUCGUGUGAAGCGAUGUUGCUGUAAUCAUCUCGUCAUGAUCUCGUGUCCUUGUAAACAUCGUGUCCUUGUAACCCUCCUGACGGGAUGUCGUGUACUCAUAAUCCUGUAGAGUGUCAGGUGUCCGUAAUCCUUCAGGCAUGACACGACGUCCUCAUAACCCUCCUGACGAGCUUGCUGGUACUCAUAAUCCUGUUGGAUGUCAUAAACCGGUAUCCAUACAGAGUAACGCUAUGUACCCAUAAUUCCAGUGGGCUGUCAUGUCCCCGUAAUUCACAAUGGACUCACUGCGACAACAACCAUUUUAAUUUCCAGGUUAGUCACAAGGGUGUAAACUUUGGUUUUACAAUACGAUUUGUAAUAGUGAGGCUAUGAUUCAAUAUAUGGUGAUAAGUCAAACAUUAAUAUCACGUGCUGCAAUACAGUUUCUCUCAGUAAUAUGUGAUCGGGUUGAUCAGCGUAUCCAGAAAGCAAAUUUUAUUGUUUAAUUUCUAUUCACGACAAACUCCACAAAAAUGAUGUUAACAGUAAACAUUUAUGAAGUUGAUAAACCAACAACGCAGAGAAAACAAAUAUUACAAAUUAUGAAAAAUGUGUUUAUUUUCUACAAAACUCAGCUGUGUUUGAUGUGGAUCAAUGCAGUCAUCAUAUCGUGGCCUGUAGAAAUGCUAUAUUGACCAGACUGUUGUUACAUCUCUGCUAGCGAAACUUUAAUUACCAUAGAUUACUGAGAUAGAUGCUUAGCAAAGACAAUGACUUGUGACCUUUGACCUUAAGCUGGAAAUAAAACAACCCCCCCCCAGGAACAGCUCUAGCCUGACAGGUGACUUUGGAGUAGUGGCCACAGUCGGUAUUGCAGGUCAGGUGACGCCCACUGGCCUAAAAAUACUUUUCCCCAAACACAGUCAUUACAAACGAGACGGCUGUAAAACAAUAACUAGUUCUUUCUUGGCGUUACACGCCGUCUGUUAUUAUCAGAACCCAUUCGCUCCAAAGGAAAUGUAAAAAGUCUCAAAGAUCCGUGUCCGCAGAUUAUUGUCUUGCUGUUCGUGUGUGCUGGAGUCUGGCAGGAAGUCAAACCACUUGUCUGGAGAAGGCCUGCGGUGCUCUAUGGGCCCAAAAACGCCGCCUGAAACACUUCCCUGCGCCCGGCGAGCAGCUUUCAUUGGACUGAAGGAGGAGCCAUCUUGGAACACAUUAUCCACUUAAUAAAGCCACACUAAUAACUGAUCUGAGAUCAGAUUCCUGCAGAUCGUCUCUUUUUGACACUUUGGACACUUUGACUGUCAGCUGCUGAUUGGACAGAAUCUCUGACCUUCUGUUUACACACGAGGACUGGUUUGUGUCGUUUUAAAGGCAUCUUUUAACCCCUCACUGCGAUACCGUGUGACACGGUGCGACGUAUAUAACGAGUGUCGGGAUCUGACAUCAGGUUGUAUUUUUGAUGAGGUUCCAGGUCGAUUAGAUACCUGGAUUUAGGCCAACUGAUCUUAUCAAACCUUUGUUUCUCUUAUUUUAUUAGCAAAGAUCAAUGUAGGAAACAUUCAGGUAGCAACUUCUCGCGUGUAGCCUGAGCUGAGCCAAUCGCAUCGUUUCUAAAGUUUCAUCAUCUGAACACAGAACUGUGGUCGAGAUUCCUCACUUUGUUUCCAGGCUGCUGUCGCUGUUACUGGAAUCAAACAGAAGUUCAAUCAUUUAUCUCUGUUUUCACCAGUAGUGUGUCCUGUAUGUAGAGGUGGACCGUCUGGUCCAGGAGUUUAGUUUUACCCAUCAUGCAAGCUGAUAUAUUUUAUUACUAAACGCUUUGGUUUUGUCAAACAAAUAAAACCUGUCUUCUAAAUCCUGUCAGCUGUUUUAACCUC